GGCAAGAAGCACGAGUUCACCACUGACUGCUACAGCACCCCGGAACACGGCUUCAGCACCGUCCGCUCCUGCAAGAUCGAGAGCGGGGCGUGAGACCACGGGCGGAGCAGGCUGAUGCUCUUUGAGCAGGAGAACUUCCAGGGCAAGCGGGGGGAGCUGAGUGACGACUGCCCCUCUCUGCCCGCCCUGGGCUGGGGCAGCAGCACCGUGGGCUCCUUCCUCGUCCUCUCUGGCGCGUGGGUCUGCUCACAGUACCCGGGGUACCGGGGCUUCCAGUACCUCCUGGAGAGCGACAGCCACGCGGGCGAGUACAAGCACGUGCGGGAGUGGGGCUCCCACGCGCAGACAGGCCAGGUCCAGUCCAUCCGCAGGGUCCAGCAGUGA